GUAAAUAAGUGAGUGCGUGAUCAGCUGUGCAUUCAAAAACAAUCUGCAUGAACGUGUCAGGCAUAAAGGGGAAGUGUCCAGAAAACACAUGAUAAAAGAAACAUCAGACAACACCUGAAAGGUUUGACGUGCUACAAGAAGAAUCUUUAUAUAUAAAAAUCUCUCUUUUAAUGGAAAAAGUAUCAAAGCUGAGGAUGGACAGUAACUCAUUGUUGGUGUGUUAUUUACAAGGUAUCAUUUGACAGUAAUGAAAGCUUAAUAAACUACAUAAUCCCCCAAAACAGUGUGUUUAUGAGGGUUGUGUUCCUGUGAAAGAGAAGUGCACUGUGUUGCAGUGUGUGCAGAGUGAGUAAAGCCAGGAGCUUGUGGAAUGAAUGUGCCCUCAGUACUUGUAUAUGAAUGUAUGUGUCAGUGUGUGUGUGUGUGUGUGUGUGCGCAUGACAGAGGUGAAAAGAGGUAGAGGGGAAGUGAGAGGGAGAGUGUAGAUUUGGCAAACACACCAAAGAGCGCGCGCGCACACAUACACCUGUUUAUUGGGGUAAUACAUGUCCCACAGUGAACCCAACAUUCCAGCCGAAGAGCCACUGGGCUAACAGCACUUCUGUGUAAAGUGACUCGCAGUGAACCAAGUUAUCUGCCACCUUUUGUUUAGUAUCUGACUAUAAAUCGUGAAUUCCUGUUUUUCUUUUUGUAUCUUUGCAUACUUAAUGUCAACAGAGAUGGGAGAGGUUGUGCAGUGGGCAGCCAACGUGAAGGACCAUAAAACAGGAACAGAAAAGAAAGCUCAGGCAGAGGACAGAGUGAGGAUGAUCUCCUCAGAUCUGCACUGUGAGAUUUGGGAUCUGAGCAGAGGAGAGAAUAUCACAGAACUGAGCAAAAGGAAAACGAAGACCAAGAAAACAUACUUACUCGGGGUGUCUGUGGAAAUCCCUGUGGUGAGCUACAAUUCUAGGAAACUUUUUUCUUUACAUGAGCAACAUAGACAGAAAACUUUCUUGUUCCAAUGCGUUUCUAUGUGUGUGUUUCGGUGUGGACAGAUGCGGCCUGAGGAUACUGAAUUCAUGAAUGCAGCCAGUCAAGGCAAACUGAAUGUAAUAGACAAGUUUCUUGCUGAUGGUGGGCACCCUGAUGUCCAUGAUGAGUUGAAGAGGACGGCGCUACACUGCGCCUCUCUGGAAGGACACACUGCAGUUGUCCAGUUGCUUUUAGGAAAAGGAGCCGAUAUCAACUUUAAAGAUCAACUGGGCUCCAGAGCCAUACACUGGGCCUGCAGAGGGGGAAGCCUGGAAGUCAUCAAAGCCCUGAAGAGCCACGGAGCUGACCUGAACGUUAGAGAUAAGUUGUACAGCACUCCUCUGCAUGUGGCCACAAGAACAGGCCACACUGCCAUUGUGGAGUACCUAUUGUCCUGUGACACCAAAAUCAACUCCAGGGACAGGGAAGGAGACACAGCCCUGCAUGAUGCCGUGCGUCUCAACAGAUACAAGAUAGUGAAGCUGCUCAUAGUUGCAGGGGCUGACACAAAAAUAAAAAAUAAUGAGGGAGUCACACCGGUGCAGCAGGUAAAACAUUGGCAGUUCGACAUCAUGGAGACCCUUGAGAGACUGGAGAAGCUGAGAGAGGUGCAGUCUGACACCACUUUGAGAGAGAGGAGUGAAUAGGGGGGAAAAAAACGUCAAAUUUGAGUAUAUGCAUUAUAGUCUAUGUGCUCAGCAACAAAAUCUACAUUUCCAGGACAUGGCUGUUAAACCUCUGAGAUUAGUCUGAACUAUGACAUUAGAAAAUGUCAGCUUGCAUGUGACAGAUUGGAAAUGAUCUGCUUAUCUCAAGAAGGAGACAAAAACAUUUGGACCAGAAAACAAAGCUGAAUUUCUCAAAGCUUUUGCUAUAAGCUUUAGCUUUUGAUAUUCCCCUCCAAAGUGCUUUAUGAUCUCAGGAGCACUCUUAAAGAUGUUUCACGUGCCUUUUGAAGUUGAAUAAUAUUAAUAGAUGGUGCUGCACGGGAGCUUUGGACAUCAAGAGGUCCUUGUUUUUUUUAAGGCAAUGGACAAGGCCAGAUCACACAGUAGCACUGUGCAUGAGAGGUCAGCUGAUGACAGCAGAGAUGUCUGGUAUGCUCCCGCUAAAGUCAGGGCUUCAAGGGGAGCUCAGUGGACAUAUUUUCCUUCUACCAUCAGUGGCUCAAAUGUUCCUGAGGGUGGAUGUCCAUUUACCCCCUGCUCACAAUGUAGUAGUUCAUGUACAGUUAGUCCCCAUACAUACAGCCAUUCAUUUUGUAUUCACCGAAUAUCAUGCUACUGUUUUAUUUAUCAUGUUGUGAAUGUAAAAUGCUGUUUUGAAAAGCAUGCACGUGUUCACUGUAGACAAUUCAUCAGUUACACUAUCAGUCACACACAAUAUUUCCUGUUUCAAGAAAGGCAGGGUAACUGACAGGGUAACUGGGCUCUUCUGUGGACACAAAUGUGUACGAAGUUACACACAGUACAAAAAGAUGUUGUCAUUUAUUUUGUAAACCCUGACCUAAACAGAUAUUUCAUAAUGCUGUUACUAUAGACAAAAGUAUUGGGACAGCUGACCAUCACACCAACAGGGACUUUAAUGAUGUCACAUUCUAAAUACACAGACAGCCUUGCAGCUAUAACAGU